AUGGCGACUCCGAGCAGGAAGACGUCAACUCCAAACGUCCAGGCCUCCAAGAGAGUACUUCCGAGAGAUCCUUCGUCGGAGAUCCCGAGCAAGAGAAAGAGUUCUGCCCCGUCAACGCUGCCGCCUACGUCGCUGCUGCCGGUACCGCUGCAUUCGUCAGGGCCUUUCGUGGAAGGCUCUAUCGUCCGCAUCGCGAUGGAAAACUUCCUGACAUAUGAUAUCUGUGAAGUAUCUCCUGGACCCCACUUGAAUAUGAUUGUUGGAGCUAAUGGAACAGGAAAGUCCAGCAUCGUAUGUGCCAUUUGCCUUGGAUUAGCAGGCAAACCUGCUUUCAUGGGACGAACAGAUAAGGUUGGCUUUUUUGUGAAGCGGGGAUGCUCCAAAGGCACAGUUGAAAUCGAAUUAUUCAAGGCUUCUGGAAAUCUUGUCAUCACUCGUGAGAUUGACGUGACAAGAAAUCAGUCCUUUUGGUUCAUCAACAAAAAAUCUACAACACAGAAAGUAGUAGAAGAGCAGGUUGCAGCCUUAAAUAUUCAAGUGGGCAAUCUUUGUCAGUUUCUACCUCAGGACAAAGUUGGGGAAUUUGCUAAGCUCAGCAAAAUUGAACUCCUUGAAGCUACCGAGAAGUCAAUUGGUCCUCCAGAAAUGCAUAAGUAUCACUGUGAACUCAAAAACUUCAGGGAGAAAGAAAAACAACUAGAGACCUCAUGCAAAGAAAAAACUGAAUAUCUAGAGAAAAUCAUUCAGAGGAAUGAAAGAUACAAGCAAGAUGUGGAAAGAUUCUAUGAACGGAAGCGACAUUUAGAUUUAAUUGAGAUGCUUGAAGCAAAAAGGCCGUGGGUGGAAUAUGAAAAUGUUCGUCAAGAAUAUGAAGAAGUAAAACUAGUUCGUGACCAAGUGAAGGAAGAGGUCAGAAAACUUAAAGACGGGCAGGCUCCUAUAACACGUCGAAUUGAAGAAAUUGACAGGCAGCGUCACAGUUUGGAAGCCCAAAUCAAAGAGAAGGCCACAGAUAUUAAGGAGACAUCUCAAAAAUGCAAACAAAAGCAAGAUGUUUUAGAGAGGAAAGAUAAGCAUAUUGAGGAACUUCAGCAGGCUUUAACAGUAAAACAAAAUGAAGAGAAUGACCGGCAGAAGAGAAUAAGUAACACACGCAAAAUGAUAGAGGAUUUGCAGAAUGAACUAAAGACCACAGAAAACUCUGAGAAUCUUCAGCCUCAGAUUGAUGCUAUUACAAAUGAUCUGAGACGAGUUCAAGAUGAAAAAGCAUUAUGUGAAGGCGAGAUAAUCGAUAAACGAAGAGACAGGGAAGCUCUAGAGAAAGAGAAAAAGGGUGUGCAUGAUCACAUUAUACGUUUUGACAGUCUUAUGAAUCAAAAGGAAGAGAAGCUGAGACACAGAUUCCGUGACACAUAUGAUGCUGUAUUAUGGCUAAGAAGUAACAGAGAUAAAUUUAAGCAAAGAGUCUGUGAGCCCAUAAUGCUUGUGGUUCGUGACAAUAAAAAAUUAAAAGUGAAUGCUGUUAUUGCUCCCGGUAUUUCAUUUGCAGACAAAGCACCUGCAAGGUCUCUGAAUGAGCUAAAACAAUAUGGAUUUUUCUCUUAUUUGCGAGAGCUGUUUGAUGCACCUGAUCUUGUAAUGAGUUACCUUUGCUCCCAGUAUCAUAUUCAUGAAGUUCCUGUAGGAACUGAAAGGACCAGAGAAAGAAUUGAACAGGUAAUACAAGAAACCCAGUUAAAACAAAUUUAUACAGCCGAAGAAAAGUAUGUGGUGAAAACAUCUUUUUAUUCAAACAAAGUUAUUUCUAGUAACACGUCUCUAAAAGUAGCCCAGUUUCUCACAGUCACUGUAGAUCUAGAGCAAAGAAGACAUUUAGAAGAACAGCUGAAGGAAAUUAAUAGAAAAGUGCAUGCAGUGGACGUAGGAUUGAUUGCCUUACGUGAGACAAACAAACAUCUAGAACACAAAGACAAUGAACUUAGACAAAAGAAGAAGGAGCUUCUUGAAAGAAAAACCAAGAAAAGACAACUGGAACAAAAAAUUAGUUCCAAGCUAGGAAGUUUAAAGCUGAUGGAACAAGAUACUUGCAAUCUUGAAGAGGAAGAGCGAAAAGCAAGUACCAAAAUCAAAGAAAUAAACAUCCAAAAAGCAAAACUUGCUACUGAAUUAACAAAGCUAAUAAAGAUUUGUACUUCUUUACAUAUUCAAAAAGUAGAUUUAAUUCUUCAAAAUACUACAUUUAUCUCUGAGAAGAACAAAUUACAAUCAGAUUACGCGGCUACAUCUUCACAACUACGUGUCGUAGAGCAAAAGUUCAUUGAAUUGGAUGAAAAUAGACAGAGACUAUUGCAGAAAUGCAAGGAACUUAUGAAGAGAGCUAGGCAAGUAUGCAACCUUGGUGCAGAGCAGACUAUUCCUCAGGAAUACCAGACACAAGUACCCACCAUUCCAAAUGGACACAACUCCUCACCCCCCAUGGCUUUCCAAGAUCUGCCAAACACAUUGGAUGAAAUUGAUGCUUUAUUAACAGAAGAAAGAUCAAGAGCAUCUUGCUUCACAGGACUGAAUCCUACAGUUGUUGAGGAAUACAUGAAAAGAGAAGAAGAAAUAGAACAGUUAACUGAGGAACUAAAGAGAAAAAAAGUUGAAUUGGAUAAAUAUAGGGAAAACAUUUCACAGGUAAAAGAAAGGUGGCUAAAUCCUUUAAAAGAGCUGGUAGAAAAAAUUAAUGAAAAAUUCAGCAAUUUUUUUAGUUCCAUGCAAUGUGCAGGUGAAGUUGAUCUCCAUACAGAAAAUGAGCUCCUGCAAAAUCUUCCUUAUUCUGAGAAGAUGACCGUAUUGUUUGUCUACAAUGGUCCCCACAUGCUGGAACCAAACAGAUGGAAUUUAAAGGCUUUCCAAAGGCGGCGGCGCCGUAUCACAUUCACUCAGCCUACCCAGUAA